CAUGUACUUACUAUUAUAUACAGUAUAGUUGUAUAUGAUAUUUUGUAUUUCAUUUGAUAAUUCCCGUUAUCACAUUGUUUUCUUGUUUUCACUCUCGCCCGCUCACUGUCUCUCGCACACUCUGUCUCGCUCUAGUCAUUUUCUUCCUAACACUACAUUUACGCGACAACGUUAGAACAACGUUCGAGUUGAUAUAAAAUUAUUCGUCGUCGGUAUUUCAUUUUCGGGCAUUAUAUUUCCUUCUAGUCUGUACACUCUAUUCAAACACACUUAAACACGCACACACACACACACACACACACACACACACAUACACACAUACGCGCGCACGCACACGCGCACGCACACAUUUUUAUAUACAUACACAUUUACUGAUUCUCGUACACCCGUGAACUGAACUUUGUCGAUGGAAGAAGCGUGACGGAGCUUACGCGGCGGAAAACAGCGGCGGCGGCGUCGGCGGUGGCGCGGACGGCGAGGACGACGGCGACAGGGACGUUCUCGCAGCACCGGGUUCCCGCGAGCGGUCGGCACCAUGUACGCGGCGGCCGGUGGCGCGUCGUUGGCCAGCAGGCGGCACAAGCACAAGCACCGGAACACGGCGGACGCGGACGCGCUGAUCCACCAGCAGUUCCAGCGCCGGUUCCAGCAGCACCAGCAGCAGUACGCGCCCGCGUCCGUGGAACACCACCUGCGCGCCUCGUCGUCGCUGACGCCGUCCACGCCCAUGUCGCCGUUCGGCCAGGUCCGGUUACCGGGCGCCUUCGAUCCGGUCGAGAAUAAAACAGCAGCGUCGGUGGCUUGGCCAGGACCAGUCGGCGGUGGACCAUCUCCGGACAGCGAUGGCACGGCACCAGAUGGUUCCAUACUCAUACACCUGCCAGCUGACCCGCAUAAAAAGUGGACGAAGAAAAACAAGAUCCACGACGCCCUGUCGUUCGGCGGCGACGGCGGCGAGGACCGGAAGCUGUAUGAACUGCAACAGGGCGCGGCGGCCAACACGCUGCUGUACGUGGGCCUGUGCUCCGUGGCGCUGGGCCUGAUCAUAGCGUUCGUGGGUACGGGCGAGAAGGGCUUCAAGACGGUGCAGCUGCGGUUCAUCGGGCCCGGCAUGAUAGCCAUCGGCGUGUGCUGCUGCGCGGUCCGCAUAAUGCUGUGCUUCUGCCCGCCCACGUUCUGCUUCAAGCGGCGCCGGCACAAGGGCGGCGGGACGCCAUCCGACAAGAUGGCCGAGUUCUACAAGUACAUGCCGUUCCGCAAUCAUGCACAGUUGAACGCCGCCGCCGCCGCCGCCGCGGUCAGACUUAACGCUACCGAACCUCUUGUCGGGGACAGCGGCGGCGGCGGCGACGAGGUCGUACCGAUGAUGGUCCUCAAACCGGCGCUAAAACGCGUGUCAAUGGCGGCCGACUACCAGCAACCUACUCAAGUCGUCUGUCAACAAGUGAAAAGGAUGCCGAAAGCCACACCGGAAGCUAGCCUCGACAGUAGCAUGGAGCACCUGAUCGAACAGGACGACCAUCUGUACACGAAGGACGAGGUGAGCUCGAAUAGGAACCUUUUCAACCUCAAGUCAACACUGACAUUCGAGGACUCGUUGAACGUUGCCACCAAAAUGAUGGUCAAAUCGUUCGAAGAGCUGAACAACACGUCUUCCACGCCAGCUGGCGGUGACCCCGACCAACAGCAGCAACCGGAGCUUGUGCUGAGCGCAGUGAACCUGACCAAAUAA